AGGCCCCGCCCCUCCUCCCCAGAACUCAUACCUGGUCCUGCUCCCGCGGCUGGCACGUGCUGUUGUUGUGAUUCGACGUCACGUGGCCGCGGAAGUGCAGGCCCUCACAGGCCCCUCCUCCAAGAUGGCGGCGCCCAGCGCAGGGAUCCAAGACCUAGUUUUGCUUAACUUUAAAUUAUAGCUUUAACGGGGUAUGUGGGGUCAUGGACUCACCGGGGUUCACGGCUUCGCUAGUGGCUGGUGGGGUAGCAGGUGUUUCUGUUGACUUGAUAUUAUUUCCUCUGGAUACCAUUAAAACAAGGCUACAGAGUCCCCAAGGAUUUAAUAAGGCUGGUGGUUUUCGUGGAAUAUAUGCUGGUGUUCCUUCUGCUGCUAUUGGAUCCUUUCCUAAUGCUGCUGCCUUUUUUAUCACCUAUGAAUAUGUGAAAUGGUUUCUGAACACUGAUUCAUCCUCGUAUUUGAUGCCUGUGAAGCAUAUGUUGGCUGCCUCUGCUGGAGAAGUGGUUGCCUGCCUGAUUCGAGUUCCUUCUGAAGUUGUUAAACAGAGGGCACAGGUAUCUGCUUCGUCAGGGACAUUUCAGAUUUUUACUAACAUCUUGUAUCGAGAGGGCAUCCAAGGAUUGUAUCGAGGCUACAAAAGCACAGUUUUAAGAGAGAUUCCUUUCUCUUUUGUGCAGUUUCCUUUAUGGGAAUCCUUAAAAGCGCUCUGGUCCUGGAGGCAGGAUCAUGUGGUGGAUUCCUGGCAGUCAGCAGUCUGUGGAGCUUUUGCAGGUGGAUUUGCGGCUAUGGUCACCACGCCUCUGGAUGUGGCAAAGACAAGAAUUAUGUUGGCAAAGGCGGGUUCCAGCACUGCCACUGGGAACGUACUCUCUGCGCUGCAUGAGGUCUGGCAGACACAGGGGCUGUCAGGAUUAUUUGCAGGUGUCUUCCCUCGAAUGGCAGCGAUCAGUCUGGGGGGUUUCAUCUUUCUUGGUGCUUACGACCAAACUCGCAGCUUGCUGUUGGGACUUGGCAGAGAGACCCCAUGAAUCAGAGGCAGCCCAGCAUCCACGUCUUUCAAAAAAGGGGACUGCUGUGAGAACCAUCUCCCUUCCGAUGAGCAGCUGCCCACCAUUUGAACAAAACACAGUGCUAAAAUCCAAUUCUGCUAAGAUUACAACACUGAGAAUGUGUCCUCUAUGGUACAGGCUGGCCGGCAUGAAGUCAUCAGCUUGUGUGCCAGAAAGUUAGAAAAGAGCAAAAACUAAUUAAUGUUUUACACUGUUUUCUCAGACGCCCUUAAUAAACAAGUUUGGUAAUGGUGAGGCCAGGCCCUUCAGAGCUUUCAUUUGAUCUGUAGCUGAUCUUCACUUCCUGCCACCUGAUAGUGGAGGCAGCAGAAGGCAAGAUGGGUGGGUAUAGGUUUUAAAAAAAUGGCUACACUGGGGAAAAGUUGUGUAUGGUGGGUGUGGGUUCCCCUGUCCCCGGUUAAUUCCUAGUGUGUGAGCUUAUAGCUUAGUUUAAAAAGAACAAACUACAGGUGCAUAGCAAACAUUCUUUCUGGGUAACCUGGCUGCUGUUUUGAAUUACCCUCAGAUUUCACCUAAAAAAACAGACUGAUUGAUUGAUUGUAUUAUUUUACAGAGAAGUGGCCAACAGCCCAUGUGGCAUAUGAAAGAAAGCAGUUGCAGCUCAAGUGACUAGUUGGGCCCAACUGGCUUGGGGGCAAGGAGGCACGGUGGGCCCUCUGGGGAAGCUGGGCCACAAGCCUCUGUUUUCAGUCUGAAAGGAACGGCUGGCCAGCCUCUAGGAAGGAAGCAGCACACUGUUUCCAAUCUUUAAGCUCAACCUUGAAAAUAAAAGGGAUGCAAUGGGAAGGUCGCCAUACUUUGGGAUUUUAGAAUUUGACUAAUAAUAAGCUCCAGGUUUAGAAAAAUUCAGAAGGCAAAAAAAUCUCAGGAAUCUAGCAGCAUUGUGUAAGCUCUUCCCCGCAACAGCCGUGUAUGAUGAGUCUCCUUUUUUGGAAAAAAAGAAGUAAUUAAAGGCAGGAUGACUGGCUUUGUAAGGGAUACUGUGGAAGGGAUACUGUGGAAUUCAAUGGGAUAAAGCAAUGCUGGUUAAAUAAAUGUAUGCAGAAGAAUGACCCCCACUCACACACUUAACAUUUAUAAAUGAACCUUUAUUAAAGACACUUCAGUGCCAUUUGUUAGAUGCUUCAAUAUUUUACACGUUUUUCAAUGUACAUUGUACCAAAAAUUUCUAUAAAUAAAUAACUUUGUACAUAAAAAGUAAUACUUCCUCUUUCACAUUGCCUCUCAGAAGCAGCAAAUUCACAUAUUUUGUGGAAGUAACAAUCAGUUACGUGUUGAGGAAAAAACUCAAUGUGCUUACCUUUUGGAACAGUGUGACAUCUGACAGUAAAAUUUAAAACAGGUAACCAUUUUGUCUAAUCCCCACCUUCAGCUUUUUGCCAAGGGCGCUUGCUUUCUGAGAUUUUUAAGGACCUUAUUUGUUUCCAUUUUGUUUCCGUUUUUUUACUGAAUUUCACAUUGGCACUCACAAGAUGGUUAGCUACAGGUCCUAAAAGUGCAAAUAUACCCAGAACCCAGGUCAGGGGCUGACUGUUGUGCAGUCCAAGCCCAGUUCUGUCUAUGUGAGGGGGUGAUGUGGAUAGGCCUGCUCCAGGUCCUCAGUAGAAAUAAGCUAGCCCUGAAAAGGAAGAACUUUAUCCUUUUUUUAAUCCCCCAAGGCCAAUGCAAUAUUCAGCAUAUUGGCAAAACUAAAAACACCACUACUGAAAAAUCCACAGGUACCAACACCAGCAGCCUCUUAAGAAAAAGCCUCAAAUGACAACCGAACGACACUGACAAGACCACAUUCGCUUUUAUCACAAAGUGAGCAUCAAAGG